AUGUGUUCGGCACUUUCCUCAUUCUGCCAGUACGUGCACUCAGCUGCCGCCAUGUACCGCUCAUUUGCUUCAAACUUUGUUCGACCUAACCUGCCUCUGAGGAAGCCAUUGUCGAGCCCUUUCGCUCCUGUCGGCCCGAGGCCUACACCUCCGACCAGAUCUCAGGCUCCCACCAUGCCCGAUGCAACACAUGUGCAGCCACUGUUAGGCGUCGUUGAGACGAUGUUAGGAUCCAUGCCACCAGCACUGGUGGUAUACUUCUGCAACUUCUGUGGUCAGAAAGGACAUUUUCGAUGUAAGCGCUGCAAGAAGACGCCCUACUGCUCUGUGACGUGUCAGACAGAAGAUUGGAAGGCACACAGACACAUGUGCAAGUCCAUCGAUCCAGAACCUGCAAAAGAGAAAACUCAGGAAACUGAAGCUUUGCCAGUGACGGGAGACCAAGCUAGCAUGCUUGAGUCUAAGCAAUGUGAUGCAUCCAGCCUCGAGAGGGUCUAUUUUAAGGACUUGCAUAUGACAAAAAGUAUUAAGGGAACAGACAUCCAGGCAUCUGUUGUAGAGUUCUACAGCCCUGGCAAGUUCUUCAUCCUUGCCCAAAGUCCUGAGCUGCUGGUCGCUCUUCAAAGCAUAAGCAGAGAACUUCAGAAAACGUACAGCUGCCCAUCAGUGACAACAUACGUACCCCACGUUGGAGAGGUCUGCGGGGUUAAAUUCUCUUUUGACAUGAACUGGUACCGAGGCCUUGUCCAGACUUUGGCUGCUGACCAGAAGACAGCUAAAAUCCUUUACAUUGACUUCGGCAAUGAAGAGAAUGUCCCUGUGGACAGGAUCAAGCCUCUUGCAGCUAAUAUUCCGCCAUUUUGUCCAUGUGCAAUGGAGUGCCGUAUUACAGGGGUGGUUCCUGUGACUGACAGCUGGUCAGCCGAGUGCUGUUUGUCAGUGAAACGGCUCUUGGCCGGCAAGACUGUGACUGUUAAGCUCGAGGAAACGCUAGAAAAUGGUCGCAUUCAUGCUGUGGAUAUCUUGCUUUCCAUGGGAAAGAAGUUGAGCACAUUCCUCCUGGAGCAUGGAUAUGCAGCAGAGGAAACAGUCAGCGAAACACCAACUUCCAAGAAAUAAGUAAAUGCCAUGGUGAGUGCAUCCUUGGAGAACUUCAGGCGUUGCUCUGAUGGAAAGGAUGACAACACCUGGGCUCAGCCCCCGGAGCCCCUCACACAGGCGGUGGGCGACUCCUUCUCUGUUGUGGUCACCCACCUCCAGUCACCCGAUGACAUCAUCGUACAGAAGGUGGAGAACGCUGGAGUCAUUCAGGACUUGCAGCUGAAGCUGAGGGAGCACGGCAGCCGGACACCGACCCCCCAGAACUUCAGACCAGCCCCCGGCACAGUUUGCUGUGCUCAGUUCUCAGAGGACAAGCAGUGGUACAGGGCCAAAAUUCUGGCCUAUUCAUCAGAGGAGCGUGUCUGUGUGGGCUACCUAGAUUUUGGCAACUCUGAGGAGGUGGAUUUAGGCCACCUGCGGCCUAUCAGCUCCUCACUGCUGGCCCUGCCCAUGCAGGCUGUGCCGUGUGGUCUAGCAGGGGUGCAGCCUGUGGGGGAGGUCUGGUCUGAGGAGUGCCUGCUGGCUCUGCAGCGGAGGGUAUCCAAUCGAAUACUGCGCAUGGAAAUCCAGAGAGCACACGAGAGCAAAGCUUUGGUGGCCAUGAUUGAUGAGGCCAGUGAUCCUCAGGCCAAUGUCGCCGAGCUGCUGAUGGCGGCAGGCUUCGCUGUACCUGCUCCUCUUCCUCCAACCGGCAGUGAGCAGCAGGCUGAGCAGACACCUGCUGCUGCAGAACCACACGUGCCCCCCCCAGCCUGUGAGCCUCUGGUGUGGUCGUGUGCUGAGCUUCCCAGUGACGGCCAGACAGUGGCGCUGCUGGCCAGCGUGGUGGAGAACCCUCUAGAGUUUUACUGCCGCAUCAACAAUCCCACAGACCAUCAGCGACUGAUAGAGCUGGGCGGUGAGUUGAAAAAGCAUUGUGAGGCACACGCCUCCCCUUUUGAGCCCAAAGUGGGGGAGCCCUGCUGUGCCAUGUUUCCUGGUGAUGGAGAGUGGUAUCGGGCUUUGGUCAAUGAGCUGGCUGAAGAAGUGUCUGUAAACUUUGUGGACUAUGGUUAUACCAUGAAAGUGGAAAAGAACCACAUUCGAUCCAUUACACCUGGACUCCUGACUCUACCCUUCCAGGCAAUUCGCUGCUGGCUCACAGGUGUGCAGCCCCUGGGAUCUGAGUGGAGCAGUGAAGCACUGCUGUGGUUCCAGAAUCUGGUGGACGGCGAGCAGCUCUCUGCACGGGUCCUAUCUCUCACUGAACAAGGCUACGGUGUUGAGCUGGAAAGCAGAGGGCACAAUGUGGCCGCUGCUCUUAUCUCGGAGCAACUAGCCAUAGGUCCUGGAGGGAUUCCCAAAGAGACAACCUCAGACUCUGGACACCAAGAGAAAACACAGGAACAUAAAGAGACCCAAAUAAUUGUGCAAGCCUCCACACCGACAGGAGCCAAAGAGAUACCAACUGAAGGGCCAACUGCAAUGCCGUCAGAAGUCCCAUCUUUCCCAGUGGACUGGAAGACAGUGGAGCUGCCUCUUAAUGACACCUUUCAGCCCUGCUUUGCAGCAGUCACCAGUCCUUCCCUCUUCUACGUGCUCGCCCCCAACCAGGUGGACCAGCAGAAGCUUCAGGAGGUGAUGAUGGAGCUGGCUGUGUACUGCAGCAACAUCCAGGCCUCCUUAUCCUCCACUGUCCUGAGCAGACCCACUGCUGGAGCUGCCUGCUGCGCCCAGUUCUCUGCUGACAAUAACUGGUACCGCGCGAUGGCCCUUGAUGUCGGAGAGAAGGAGAUGAGCGUCAUCUACGCAGAUUACGGUAACACUGAGAAGGUUCCUUUCUCCCGUGUCCUGCCCAUCCCAGCGCGCCUGCUGCAGCAGCUCCCCUUUCAGAUCACUCGCUGCACCCUCACUGGAAAGGAGCACUUCCCUGCUAAGUUUCCAGAGGAGUUGCAGCAGAUGUUUCACAGCCUGCUGCUGAGCGGCGUCCUCGCCACGGUCCAGUCGUUCGACGGCUCUGAUAACGUGCUCUCUCUCAGCCAGCCCCCGGAGACGGGCGGGGGGGACCUCACCGCCAUGCUGCUGGAGGCACUGCAGGCCCAGGCCAAGAGCCCCCCAUCUCCCACCCUGAAGGCUGACCACAGUGACGGGAGCACAUCUCCUGCCAACAGUACAGCUGCACCUGAAUGCCCCCUGCUCUCACCUAAACCUGAAGCCCAAAAGGCGACGGAAAACACACCAGCUACCCCCAGCCUGACCAUGACCCCAAAGGCGUCCCCCCAGACCCCCCAGCAGAACAAAAAUACUCCAGCAGUGUCAGUCAAUGAAGAUCCAGUUCAGAACAUUAUUGCGCAAAUGGAGGCUCCAUGCAAAACCUCAAAAACUAACGAUUCUCAGAUUCCUGGCUGCUGCUGUCUGAACCUGACGACUAAGAUUGACCACCUGGAAAAUUUGGUGCAGGUGCAGCUGUCUCUCAUCCGGCAGUUAGUGGGAAAGACAAAAUAAGAUGUACAGAAUUCCAUAAGUCUUUUAAGUCCAGUUCGCCAUAUUGUUAAAAUAAAUAAAUUAGUUAAAUGUUGAUGUGGCAACCAUCCAGCUCUUAAUUUAGCUUUUCAAAUUUAAUUUAAUUUCCAUAUCCAGUGUUUAAUGUUUCAACCUGUGGUUAUUUUAUGUUUUAAUAUUUUUGAAAGUUUUCAUAAAAAAAUGCUUUAUGCAUUUAUUACGUUUGUUAAAGUUGCCAGAAAAUCUGCAACGAAAGAUGUUACACCUCAAUUAGCUCAGCGUGUGUUUGUCUCCUGUAAGUGUGCUGUAGCACACGGUGCUGUCAUCUGUUCCUCUGUUCUGUCCUAAUCACCUGUUCAGGUGGGACUUCAGCCUGAUUGAUUUAUGUUUGACAUGUGUUUCAGUCUUUACAUAAAGGUUCUCUUGACAGUGAA